UUACAUAGGCGGAGCUUAACUAGGAAGACAUCUACUUUUGUUUCUUUUGUCCAUGGUUUUGUUUGCCAGCGAAAUAGCUCUGCCAGUAUGUUUCACGAACAUAUGCGAGCCCGUUUGAGUAACAAAGAGUACUUAAACUGGAUAAAAGCGGGACAGUGUCUGUGUAUUCUAGCUCGGGGUCUGCAGCCGUUCAUAGACUGUGAGAUGAGACACUUCCACGCGGACCUACUCAAUCAUAACACACUACUUCGGAGACCCUGCGAGAGUUUCUGUAGACCCAGCGGGAAUAAGCUUUUAGAAGCAUGUAGGUUUUGUUCAGAGUGGCAGACGACCAUCCUGGCACACCACAGACAGCCCCAAAACACUGUCAAUUGGGACAACUGUUCACCUGUGUCCUGGAGAACCGACCACUGGGAGGUCGCUAAGGCUUUCAUGCCACGGGGUCAGGGAAAGGUCAGAGGAGCUGAUCAGUUUGAUGCUUCAGCGUUGCUCAAUCUCAUCAACUCAUGUGACUGGUUUCACUCUGUGGCUCCUAAACCAGUGAGAGAGAUCAAUGUUGCAGUUUGGAAUGAACAAAAUGUGAUCCGGUAUAGGAAUGAGCUAAUGCACUCAUCAGACUUCCUUGUGAGUGAUACUUGGAUAAAACACUACGAUUCAGCAUUGAGAAACUUUAUACUUCUGUUCAGAAAUGUGGUUCCCAUGAGAAGAGCAGAACAACAGAUAAAACAGAUGCUCCAAGCUGAUUUGUCUAUUCAUGUACAUGGCUUGGACCAAACAGAUUCGGAUGAUAUAGUCACAGAUUUUGUUCAUGAGAUCAAUGCAGACUCAAUUGUCCAAUGGGAAGCUGAACUGCUCCAACAACGACUGCAGGAGGUGCUGGAAGAAACAGAUCAGACCAGCGCUUUGAGUGCAGAAGAACUGAAAAUCCUUGAAAGUUUCUUUGAGGCAAACAAGGAUUUGGGUGUGCGCUUCUCUUCACAGCUACAAAACAUGAACUUGUUGAGAAAAAGUCCAUAAAAAAAAAAAAAAAAACUUCAAGCGGAUCACAUAAAAGACCAUAACCUGUUUCUCAGCAUAUAGGGCAGAGCAUCCAUUGCGUGAUAGAGCCAAAAAUAAGUUACAAUAAAUUGUCUUUUUUAAUCAAAGAAUAAGAAUAACUAGAAUAACAAAGGGACUGGCACAUGUUUAAUAUGUAUCUGCUGAACUUCUUGUCUUCUUCACUCUUUAUUGGUGAACAGUAUUGCCUUAAUCAUCAUGCAGAUACAUAUAUAUAAUAUACAUACAUACAUACAUAUAAUAUGUAUGUUUUCCUUCACUGACUGUUUUAAUAUGAAAUGAAUGCUUUUUGGUUAAUGUCCUCUGUGACCCUUCAGCCUCAGCUGGACUUCUCUUUAUGAAAUGUUUUUGAGUCUGUUUUAUUUAUAAUUUAUUUGAUCAUUAAUUUGUUGAAAUUCAUCCAGCAUUUUCAUAUAUAAAUGUAUUUAAAUUAA